AUGGCGCAAGUUCCGGUUCAGACCCUUCAUAGGGAUCCUCAGUUAUUCUACUGGAUCCUUAUCCCCAUCACCAUCGUCAUGGUCCUCACUGGUGUCCUGCGUCACUAUGUAUCCGUUCUUAUGGCGACAGCGCCCAAAAAGCAGGACCAAAAGACCAUGCGCGAGCAGCGCUCUCUUGCUCGUGGUGUAGCUCUUCGUUCCAACCACCAUGUCCUUUCUCAGAAAGCUUUCGAAUCCCGACGUGAUAUUCUUACAACCAACUACGAGGCUGGAACUUACCUGAAGGAGCCUGAUCGCAAAGGACAACCUCCUGCCAACCCUCUGUCCGACCCCGGCGCCAUGGAUGGCAUGAUGGGCAUGAUGAAGAACAACAUGGCCAUGAUUAUUCCCAACACGCUCAUCAUGAGCUGGAUUAACGCCUUCUUUAGUGGAUAUGUCAUCAUGAAAUUGCCUUUCCCAAUUACCAUCAAGUUCAAGAGCAUGCUCCAGGCUGGUGUUCAGACCAGAGAGAUGGAUCCCCGAUGGAUGUCUAGCAUCAGCUGGUACUUCCUCUGUAUUUUUGGUCUCCAGUUUGUUUAUGUCUUCCUUCUUGGCAGCGACAAUGCUGCCAGUCAAGUUGCUCAGCAAAUGCAAGCCCAGCAGAUGCCCAACCCUAUGAUGGGUGGCCCUGGCCAGGACCCUCACAAGCAAUUCGUUGCUGAGGUCGAGAACUUGAACGUUGUUGAGCAUUAUUCUGUUUUGGACAAUGUCGAGGAGCGUCUAUUGGCGGGUAUCAAAUCGUAG